AUGUCGUCCACACCACGACGCCCAGAGCAGCUUGACAUACGGUCAAAGUCUGCAAUGUCCGUCUCGAGGCCACUGAGAUCCCCUCGACUCCAUGUCGCGGGUGAGGCGCCUCCGGAGCUCUCGCCUCUGGAUGCUUUUGCCAUGCAGAGCCGGCUGCUUGCCAAACAACUUGAAGAGAGCGCAAGGCAGGGCCGGCGCAUGAGCCGUUUGCCGCCUCUGACUACCGAUAGCCCGUUAAUUGUACAAGGCCGUUCCGAAUAUUUUCGCUCCCUAUCCCAAGACUCUGGAAGCGAUGAGGCUUACACACCGCAGCACAACGUCGGCCUGGGCCUGAGACACGAGGUCGACGAGGACGUGGACAGCCGACCAAAGUCGAUGCACCCGCGCAUGAGCCGCAUCCCGCCCACCCCUAUCGAGUCGUCCAUUCCGAUGACCGCUCGACCGAACUUCGAUGCCCUGAACAGGCAGCACUCGAACGAAAGCGUAGAAGGAGAGAUCUUUCUCGGAAUAGGAGCCCGUAGGGAGGAGUCGCCCCAGCCCCUCGACCGCAGCCCCGAGGCUGAGCGACGAUCCGCUUCGGCCAUGGGAACACGAGAGAGCAUGGCGCGCUCACCACCACCGGCACCGACUUUGACUCGGGCUAUGACUUCCCCGGAUUACAUCCAGAAGCAGGGCUCGUUUGAGCACGGUGGUCUGCUGCCACCUCGCCCUCUGUUUCCCAAGCGAUCUUCGAGCAUCAUGUCUUCGACCCUAGAAUCGACUGACGAGGAUGGACUUGGUUCGUUGGGAACAUCGUUUCACUCUCAGCACUCUCAGGGUUCCCGCAAGAUGUCUACCAGCAGCAGCAUCUUGUCUCCUCUGGGCCGCAGUCAACGGUCGCCCUCUAUCUCAUCGGACAUGUCCGUACUACAAAAGCCAUCUUUUAACUUUUCCAGGCCCAUGAGCAGGGCAGAAACCCCAUCCUUCGAGUUUCCAGCUCGGCAGCCGUCCUCCGACAGCCAUACGUCGUUUGUCUUGGUUGAUAAUGAGGCGCAUACCCCGGUCAGCAUGAACGGCGAUGGUUUCCCUGACCCUGACGGUAAUCAUUCCUUCCACAAUGUGCAGUUCACUUUGCCACGCGGAAAGUCUGUUCGGCGAGCGGAAGAUGAGAGGCCCGAAGUUGGUACUCCCCUUAGGCAGGUUACUACCAAUGAGCGGCCUCCAUUGCCUAGCUCAAAUGAGCUUCACCCCCGUUCUCCCGUGUCUGGACAGCCUCCUCCAUCGCCAUCGAGCUCAGUAGGACCUCGUCUAUCCGAAGACCGCCUCAGGCGGAUACCAUCCGAGCGCAGCAACGUGACCCUCGAGGUUCCCAGGUCAGCCUCAACACGGCAACCGUCACCAGAAGCCAUUGGUCGCCUCUCAACAGACAGCGCCCUCGAGCGCGCCCGACCAUCAACGUCUCCAACACCCGACAGCAAUCAAAACAAGACGGCCACCCCAACGGCGACAGCAGCACCCUCCAUCGCUGCUACCAACGACACAGCAGCCACCCUCAAAGCUACACGCUCUCUAGGCCAAUCUACCGGGCAUCACACCAUGGCCGAAAUGACCGCGGAAGAGCACGUCUCCAAAGCCGUCGCCCUACACGAAAAGGGUGCGCUGCAAGAAUCCACUUGGCAUCUCAGUCACGCAGCAAAACAGGGCCACCCCACGGGUAUGCUGCUCUUCGCCCUCGCCUGCCGACACGGAUGGGGUAUGAGACCAAAUCAGCGCGAGGGAGUAGAAUGGCUAAGAAAGGCCGCGGCAAGUGUCAAUUUGGAAUUGCAGCAGGAUGACGACAAGACGAAAGAAGGAAAGUCGGUGGAUAAGGUGGAGCAUAAGGCGAGAAAGGCGCAGUUUGCGUUGGCGCUUUAUGAGUUGGGUGUGUCUCAUAUGAAUGGGUGGGGAAUUGAGCAGGACAAGGUUUUGGCGUUGAGGUGUUUUGAGAUUGCUGGGUCAUGGGGAGACAUCGACGCCCUAGCGGAAGCUGGGUUCUGCUAUGCUCAGGGUAUUGGGUGCAAGAAGAAUCUGAAGAAGAGCGCCAAGUAUUAUCGGGAGGCGGAGGCGAAGGGGAUGAGUAUGGUUGGGAAUAGCUGGAUUCACAAACCAAAAUACGCCGAUGAUGCAAAAGACUCGAAACACUCCCGUACCAAGUCCAAGACUAGGAAAGGACUGUUCGGGAGGAAGUCGAGCACUCAUUCUUGA